AUGGUUUACAAUAACAUUUGUGUUGCUUUAAAGUUCUAUAAAUUACCUGCGGCCCAAUGCGAUUUUCAUACAAAACGCUCACGAGCAACGUUCAAUAGACCUAAAAUUAGGUCUAAAUUCGAAAAGUUGCUUGCAAAAGUUGUCGCCAAAGCUUUCGAUGCAUCUGAUGAAGAGAUUUUUUUAUUGAAAAUGCAACAUGCACAUGAAAUGAAAACUUCAUAA